AUGCUCCAGGAUCUCAGAGGUUCCAACAGAUCUCACUUCCAGGUGUCUGAGUUCAUUCUGAUGGGAUUCCCAGGCAUCCACAGCUGGCAGCACUGGCUCUCCCUACCCUUGGCUCUGCUCUACCUCUUAGCACUUGGGGCCAACAUCCUGAUCCUGACCAUCAUCCACCAAGAGGCAAGUCUGCAUCAGCCUAUGUACCAUUUCCUGGGCAUCCUGGUCAUGGUGGACAUGGGCCUGGCUACCACCAUCAUGCCUAAAAUUUUGACCAUCUUGUGGUUUAAUGCUAAGGCCAUCAGCCUCCCUGAGUGCUUUGCUCAGAUGUAUGCCAUCCAUUGUUUUGUGGCCAUGGAGUCAAGUAUCUUUGUCUGCAUGGCUAUAGACAGGUAUGUAGCCAUUUGUCAACCACUGAGAUAUCCAUCAAUAGUUACUGACUCUUUUGUGGUCAAAGCAACUGUGCUCAUGACAAUUAGAAACUGUCUAUGUUCAAUUUCAGUGCCCAUCUUAGCUGCCCAUAGAAAUGACUGUUCUCGGAAUCAAAUUGAGCAUUGUCUUUGUUCUAAUCUUGGAGUCACUAGUCUCUCCUGUGAUGACAGGAAAAUCAACAGUAUCAAUCAGAUAUUUCUGGCUUGAAUGAUUAUGGGAAUCGAUCUGGGUGUGAUUAUUGUAUCAUAUGCUUUGAUCCUUCAGUCUGUACUAAAGCUCAACUCCAAAGAAGCUGCAUCCAAGGCCUUAAGUACCUGCAUUUCCCACCUCAUGUUAAUUCUUUUCUUCUACACUGUGGUCCUUGUCAUUUCCAUCACUCAUAGUGCAGGGAUGACUUCUCCGAUCCCAGUUCUACUUAAUGUGCUGCACAAUGUUAUCCCUCCUGCCCUCAACUCCAUGGUGUAUGCUCUCAAGAACAAGGAGCUCAAGCAGGGCUUAUGCAAAGUGCUCAGGGUGAACAUCAAGGGCAACUGA